CCGCCCACCCGGAAACAGCUUCGCCCCACCCCGCAUGGAGCUCCUCCCAGCGGCGGUCGAACCCAAGACACCUCUAGCUUUCCAAGGCACGCUCUCCCGAUGGCCCGCUACGAAGAGGUGAGCGUGUACGGCUACGAGGAGUUCACGCAGGCGGUGGAGCAGCACAGUGGCAAGACCAUUUUCGCCUACUUUUCUGGUUCUAAGGACGCCGAAGGCAAAAGCUGGUGCCCCGACUGCGUGCAGGCUGAACCGGUCGUACGAGAGGGGCUGAAGCAUGUUGGUGAAGGAUGUGUGUUCAUCUACUGCCAAGUAGGAGAAAAACCUUAUUGGAAAGAUCCAAAUAAUGACUUCAGGAAAAAGUUGAAAUUAACUGCAGUGCCUACACUACUUAAAUAUGGAACACCUCAAAAACUGGUAGAAUCUGAGUGUCUUCAGGCCAACCUCGUGGAGAUGUUGUUCUCUGAAGAUUAAGAUUUGAUGAUGGCAAUUGUGUCUUUACUUCCUGAUUUGCUCUAGUAUAAAAGAAUGUGCAUACUUGCUUUGAAUUCAUGUUAGCAAUAAGUAAAUAAAUAAAUGAUGUAAAA